AUGUACACAUUUGUUUUCCUCUGGACUCCGGCUCUUAGCCCAAACAAUGAAGAAAUCCCACACGGCUUCGUCUUUGCAACCUUCAUGUUGGCUUCGAUGUUGGGAAGCUCCCUUGCAGCUCGUCUCAUGGCCCGCUCAUCUCUCAGAGUAGAGAAAUACAUGCAAAUUGUAUUUCUAGUAUCCGCUGCUUCCCUUCUGCUUCCCAUUACAACAAGUGUCUUGGUGACUCCGUCAAAGGUGAAAGAGGAAGGCUUGUCAUUAACUUGCUCCAUCCAGCUACUUGGUUUCUGUGUUUUCGAGGCUUGUAUAGGAAUAUUUUCGGCAUCGAUAAUGAAGAUGAGAUCACAGUAUAUCCCUGAAGAAGCGAGAAGCACCAUAAUGAACUUCUUCCGUGUUCCGCUUAACCUCUUUGUCUGCAUCGUCUUGUACAACGUUGAUGCGUUACCGAUCACAAUCAUGUUUGAGGGAGAAGAGCUGAGUCCAAUGAAGGAGCCAGACUCAGAAGUUGACCCUCUUACCCUAUGA